AUGUCUGAAGAUUCACUCAACCUUUAAGAACAUAUAGAAAAACUUGAAAAAGGUAAAUAUUGUUUACCAGAACGUUAAUUACGUAUAAUAUGUGAAAAAGUAAAAGAAUUAUUAGUAGAGGAAUCAAAUGUAUAACCCAUUGACGCUCCUGUGAAUGUAUGUGGGGAUAUUCAUGGUCAAUUUUUCGAUGUAUUAGAAUUAUUUAAUUAAGGUGGAAAAAUACCUGAAAAGCGAUAUAUAUUUAUAGGAGAUUUCGUUGAUCGAGGUUAUAAUUCAGUAGAAACUAUUGAACACUUAUUUUGUUUAAAGGCUUAAUACCCCCAUUGUAUAACAUUAUUAAGAGGAAAUCAUGAAUCUCGAUAAACAACAUAGGCGUAUGGUUUUUACGAUGAAGUAUUAAGAAAAUACGGAAAUAUAAAUCCUUGGCAUUACUUUUGUGAAGAAAUUCCUUUAGAGGGGCCUUUUACUGAUUUAUUAUGGUCAGAUCCAGAUGAUGUUUCAACUUGGGCUGUUAACUCUAGAGGGGCUGGAUGGCUUUUCGGAGAUAAGGUUGUAAAUGACUUUAAUCAUAUUAAUGAUUUUACAUUAAUUUGUAGGGCUCAUUAGUUGGCUUAGGAAGGUUAUUAAUAUUGGUUUGAUUAAAAGAAUCUUUGCACUGUAUGGAGUGCUCCUAAUUAUUGUUAUAGAAUGGGUAAUAAAGCUUCUAUUCUUAAAUUAGAUGAAAAUCUAGAAAAGGAAUUUAUAAUUUUUACUGAAGUUGAAUAAUCUAAUUAAUCUUUACCUCCUAAAAAAGCAAUUCCUUAUUUUUUAUGA